AUGUCCCUCUACACGCCAGUCUCACCCCGAGAUCUAUAUCGCCAACAGUUCCUCAUGCACCUGCUACACAUGCACUCCAAAGGUGACAGCAUAGCCCUCUUCCACAACUCGGGUCUGAGCGACAUGCCCAACAUCGAAAUCUCCUCGCCCGCAGUGCAGGCGGCCCUCGACACCCUCUGCUACGUUGGUCUCGGCACAGCCUACCAAGACCGCAACCUCCUCUCCGAAGCCCGCAUCCGCUACAGCUCCGCCAUCAAGCUCCUCAGCCUUGAACUCAACGUUGCGCCCAAGAAGACGAGGUUCAGAGCUGCUGUGUCGUCUAUGAUGAUCCUCCGACUCCGCGAGUUAUUUGAUACGCUCGCCCACAGCACCAAGAAUGAUCGCGGCUGGCAUUUGCAUCUCCACGCGGUGCAGCAGUAUAUGAAAGCUUGCGGACCUGAAGAUUUGUUGAAGACGGAGUAUGAUUGGAAGCUGUUUCAGACUGUGAGGUUCUGCUCGUUGUAUUUGGAUAUUGCGAGAAGGCGGGCGAGUAUGUUUGAACGCCCGGAAUGGAGGGCGCUGACGAGGGUGAGGGCGAAGAUUGAUCCUGGGGUGGCGCUUUACGAUUUGAGGGCGCGGGUGCCGAGGCUGUUGGCCAGGGCUGAUGCGGUGAUGGAGAGUACGACGCUGGGGGAGGGGGAGGUGAGGGGGUUGUUGGGGGGUCUUUAUCGGGAUCAAUUGCAGCUGAGGGGUGAUUUUCAGGAUUGGAUGGAGACGUUUGGGAAGGGAUAUGAGACACGACUUCUACCUCGCGACAGCAACCUCAGCACCACUACUUCGGAUCCUUUCGAUACAUACUACCACUUCAAAUCCGUCAGCCACGCCUCCCAAUGCACGACGUAUUGGAUGCUGUCCCUCACACUCGACUCCUCGAUCCUCCGCCUCCUGGACCGAUACCCUUCCUUCCCAUCCCCCCACACCUCCGCCACCCUCUCCACAGAAGCCUACACAACCGCCCUCAACCUCUACCGCGCCUCCUACUGGUGCUGCCAACCUGAAGUGGCCCAAAGUCCCUACGUCGGGACAUUUCACCUCGAGUUCGCACGGGCUUACUUUGAGCGUGCUGGCUAUUGGGAGGAGGUCGAGCAGUGUGAGAGGAUGAUGGAGUCGGUGAAACUUUCCUUUGCGUUACAGGGGGACGAGGCGGGGAGAGUUGAGAGUUUGCUCGCGGCGUUGAGUCAGAAGGCUGCGGCGGAUAGGUUUUCGAGGGGCGUGUUGACGGCGAGUGGGGUUAGGGAGUGUCAGGAGAAGAUUUUUCGGAGGGGGGAGUGA